CUUGGAAUAAGAUGAACGAAGCCAACCAAGCUGUGCUGGAACCGAAGACCUACGAAGUUACCAGCACCAUGUGUAUGCGAUAGUGUACAGCGUGAUCCUGGCGCCGGGCUUGCUGGGUAAUGUGCUGGCACUGUGGGUGUUCAGGAAGUAUGUCCAGGAAACCAAAAAGGCUGUGGUGUUCAUGAUGAACCUGGCAGUGGCUGAUUUGUUGCAGGUGCUCUCCCUGCCUACGCGGAUCUACUAUUACCUAAACCAAACCUGGCCAUUUGGCCAUCCUUUCUGCAUGUUCAGCUUCUACCUGAAGUAUGUCAACAUGUACGCCUCCAUCUUCUUCCUGGCGUGUGUAAGUGUGCGUCGCUGCGAGCUCAUUAUGAGACCACUGAGGUACAACUCACGACGGAAAAAAAGAGACUGGUAUAUAUGCGCCGGUGGUUGGCUGGUCGUCUGCCUGGGCUGUCUGCCCUUCCCUCUUCUGAGAAGCUCCAACCAAAACUCCACUUCUCACCUUCACCUCAACACAGAGGUCAGCAUAACAGCGAGCCCCAGCCCGCCCCCCAGAUCAGAGCUGGUGUGUUUCUCAGAGCUCCCGAUGCGGCACAUCAGCAUCCCAGAAGCCUGGGCCCUCAUGGUAAUAGCAGAGCUGUUAGGCUUCAUCCUCCCCUUGGUGCUAAUUUUGGCCUGCACCUGUCUGACUGCCGGGAGCCUUCGGGAGCUGAAAGAAGGUGCGGUGCACGAUCGAGGAGAAAAGCGGAAGGCGUUAUGGACGGUGCUGAGCUGCGCUCUAGUUUUCCUCCUGUGCUUUGGUCCGUACCACAUCACUAUGCCUCUGGACUUCCUGGCCAAGGCAAACACCCUGACCAGCUGUGGCCUGAAGGAGCUGGUCCUGCGAUGCCACCCCCUCACGCUCUGCCUGGCCAGCCUUAACUGCGGCCUAGACCCGCUCAUGUACUACUUCACUACGAAUGAAUUCUGGAGAAGGCUGAGCAGGCAGGAGAUGCCGGGCAACUUUGUGUUCGCCAGACGCUUUUCCUGUGUUACAACAGAGGAAAAAGACAUCACCGAUAACUAGAAAGAGACUCUCCGGGCCCUUCCUGAGCACGCUUAUCUUUGGAAUAAAAACGUUUUAUCUCUCCAAAAGAAUUGAAUCGAGUGCAACUGGACUUGGUAUAUAUCCGUGAGGACGUUUCGCCUCUCAUCCAAGAGGCUUCAUCAGUUCGUGCCUUUCUGACUAGACCAAGCUAGUUAUCCUUUGGAUAACCAUGACCUGGAUGAAUGAGAACAUUCACAGACGACGUUUUAUCUCAAUUAUUAAAGGUGAGAAUAUGAGUAGUCAGUACUUCAAACUACUACUUGGAUGGGGUAGGUCGGUUUCAGGGCUUUUUAACCACGUGUCUUGCUUACAUAGAGGAGGUGAGCUCGUGGGUACAUUUUUUGUGUCUGCACGAGCAGUUUGAAGGUGCACAGAACCGCGAGGUUAGCCUUGCUUCGCUCUACUGAUGGAGGUCUGUGGGGUUCAUUAGCAGCUGCGCCCCCCCCCCAAAAAAAGAAACGCACCAUCUCCGAUGCCUUUGGUUUAUGGCGUUGCAUUGACUGCAACUUGCAUGGAUAAGUAGACACGUCAGCCCCUGGCUAACUGGACAGUGCCUUUAGUCGAGCGGUUAGCGCUGUCUCCCGCGGAGCGAGAGGUACGGGUUCGCGUUCCGGCCGCGGGCAGUUCCUGUGGGUUGCCCCCCUCCCCCGAAAUCGCUACAUUGACCAGCAAAUUAGGUUCUAGAUUUGAACAAUUUUCCCAUAACAUGCACAUCCGAUGUCUUCCGCCACACGGGUUAUUACCGAUAAAACGCUCAAAACAGUAAUCGAAUUGUUAGGAUUUUGCACGUGCUUGCGAAAACGUUAUUUAAGAAAAAUUAUUCAUGUCGGGCUAACGAGUAAAACGUGUUAAUGAUCGGCAUCCGAGAAGGUUGUAUUUCCUUUCUUUUGAGAGGAGCUGCUAAUGAACUCGGUAGACAUCCAGCAAUUAAGCUAAGCUAGGCUAAACUCAUCAUUCAGUGUACUUUCAAACUACACAGACAUCUACAAAGGUACCCACGAGUUUGUCUAUUAUGGAAGUAGCACACAUGGUAAAAACCCUGGAUCCCGAACUAUCCCCUUAAAUGACAUUAUCUGUACAAGUGAACGCAGAUGCUACUAGGACCAGGUGAGGAAAACUUGUGUACUUCACUGGAACUGUGAAAAAAUAGGCAGCCCACUCUAAAUAAUGGUCUCCAACUGUGUUAUAUAAAAAGUUGUUUUUUAAUAAAGGAUGGCUCUGUCCUGGAUUUUCU